AUGUCCAUGGAUGUUUUCCAGGACACGUCAGAUCUUGGUGAUGACUGGUCAUACAUGGGUACAUUGCAAGCUCUUGAAGAUAUACAACCUUUAACUUUUGUAAACCCUGGUUUUGUAGCUGAUGAUGAACAAUUCGACAGUGGCGCCUUUGAUGACAAUGGAGCCGCUGCCGUGUAUGCCACCGCUAGGCCACCGAGCACUCGUCAAACUGAGCCAGUAAUGAGCACACAUGAUGACAGUGAUGAGGAAGCACCACCUCCCCCAGUACCACCUAGGGACGAUGUACUGGAUAAUCCAACUCCAGUUAUCCCACCUCCAGUUAUCCCACCUCCUGACUAUAUAAAUCAAGUGGAUGACACUGAACUUGUUAAGAAUUCUGUUCCUCAACCAAAGGACCACUACACAAAACUAGAAGAUAUACCUGAUCCAAUUAUGAAACUCUGGGCUCACCUCCUGAACCUGAUUAUGACAACAGACAAACUCCUUUUGUACCUGAUCUUGCAACCAAUGCAGAAGCAACUACAUCCAUAUGAGGACCAUCAGGAAUCUCCUCCAUCUGAAUCAGAGUGUGACAAUGGACCUGCCAAUCCUGAACCUGUUCGAGACAACCAGGCUCCUGAUCCACUGAAUGACAAAAUAGAAUCUACACCUAACACAGACCAGCCAACACCUAAACAAGACACCAGUGUUGUCCAACCUGUCAUCUCAACUGUUGAUAUGAAUCCGAGUGAAAUGGAUGUCAAUAGUGAUGAUGACAGCUCUAGUGAUGAUGAGAAGAAUAAAAAGAAUAAGAAGUCUGUAUCUUUUGCUGUGGUUGAUGAUCCUAUCGAUGAAGCGAAAGAUGGCUUUACCUGGUUCUAA